GCGGGCGCUGAGCCCGGGGACCGUGACGCGGCGCGCGCUCCCCGCGAGCCGCAUAAAUAGCGGCGGCAGCUCCGGGCCGCGGACACGUCGAGGGAGCCCCGCCGCCCCGCUUCCUCCCCGUGGUCCUGCGGCCGUGCCAUGCGGUGAGCGCCCCGGCCCGGCCAGACCCGACGGACCCGACCGGACGCCCGGACCCGCCGCCACCUCGGGACCCCCCGCCGCCCCGCGACCCCCGCCGCCGCUCAAGAUGUCCGGCGGCGGCGCCCUCCUGCUCGCCGGGCUGCUCCUCGCCGCGGCCCUUUCGGCCUCCCCCGGGCUCGGGUCACCGGUGAAGGAGAAGAGAGGCUGGACCCUGAACAGUGCCGGCUACCUUCUCGGUCCACAUGCCAUUGACAACCACAGAUCGCUGCACGAGAAGCCCGGCCUCGCCGGCAAGCGGGAACUCCCUCCUGAAGACGAGACAAGGCCAGGAGGCUUGGCCGGGUCGCCGGCGGAGAGCGCUGCCAUGCGCACCAUCAUAGAGUUUCUGACUUUCCUGCAUCUCAAAGAGGCCGGAGCCCUGGAGUACCUGCCCGACCUGCCCGAGCUGCUGCCCACGGCUUCUGCAGAGGACGAGCAGCCCUGACGACGCUCUCGGCUGGCUCCUCUGUUCCCCGGCGCCUACGGUCAAACUUGGACCUGAUGGAAAAUCUUGUGCCAACUUACGUAGAGUGACCAGUCCUGUCCCUUCUGCUCUGAUGCUGUGUUGUUAGGGUUUUGUUGUUAAGACUUUCUCCCCCUUUGGUCAUUCUUUUGAGCAGCAGAAUAAAAAAAUAGC